CACUAAAUCGAGCUAGAAGGCCGAAUAAGAUGUUAUGGAUUUAUUGGAGGAAAGCAGGCUCUGACAAGGGUGGACACGCAGUAAUACUUGAAACUUGGUCCGUGCGUUUGUUCAUCCAAGUUUGAGAAAUUCAAAGCGAUUUCCAAACAAGCAGACACGAAAGCUCCCCCGUCAAGACCCUGUCAACCUUCGUCAACUUCAACGUACUGCUCGUCUGCUUCCGAUCUUAUGCGUGCGUGCGUAGGAAUAUAGCAGUUUGAAGCGCAAUCAUUUUCUUCUAUCUUGACGCCAUUCACUCUUUUAAUGCCUUCUAUACUAUGUUCCUCCGAAUUGGAUCUGGUCAUUCUUAAUAUACCCAAUAUUCGAAAUUAAGAGAAGAACACAUAUCACGAUAUCCCCUAGUAACUGUACUACAUCCGCAUCACCCACACAACCACACGACGACCGUUUUCCGAGUCGACUACUCUAACCGUUACAAUGCCUCCACCGGCAGUUCCAGAAAUUUCGGAGGAUGUUCUACAUGAAUCAAUCGAAGCUCGUACCGAGACUUUGGCAUCUUUGCGCGAACUCGGCCCACCCGAUCUAGUCCACCUCCUGAAACAAAAUCUCAGGAGCGCCGGGAAACAAACUGGAGUUUAUCAUCAUGUUACCGGUGUCGACGCAUCCUCCUCUGCCAGUCUCGCCGCCUAUAUAAACACGCUUACCUAUAAAGAACACGGCCAAGUUCCCACGCACAAGAUUGUGGAAGGCUUAUAUUGCUGUUACAAUGCCUUCUCUAGGCUUGACAUGCGCGUUCAUGUCACGAUCCCAGGAACCGUUGAGGCUUAUUGUGUCGACGAAAGGGGAGAGAAGCGAAAAGCUACGGAUGAAUUCUGGCUCGAAACCUAUCUUUGCAGCGUCCUUCGAGCCUAUUCAUAUGCGGACGAUGGAAGCGGCGAAACUAUCAGGAAGAUUAUGGGUGCGAGACGUUUCAACCCCGUUACUAACACCGAGACCGAACACCGCUUUCUAAGUGCUGCCGAGUCUCUGUUCUUCAGAGGCUGGCAAUUGGGCUCCGAUUCCGUCGUCCAGGUUCCCAAUAACGUAUCGAACCAUUUGACCGCUGGCCUGCUCAAAUAUUUCCAUACAACAGGACGCUUCGCUUCGGGUAUUAAUCUCUUCGAGAAGCUGAGGACACAGAAUGUUGAGGUGUCGUCAUUGCUUGCAAAGGUCUUAUUUAUGGGAAAUGAGGAAGUACAAGGCGUACGCGUACUUUACCAGGCGCUCAAGGAUUCGCCAAUGGAUUAUGUUAUGCUAGAUGCGCAAGCCGAGUUCCUUCUGAAGAAGGCCAUAGCAGCUGAGACACCAGCGCAAAAAGAGGAGAGGCUAAAGAUGGCUUUGGGUUGUGCCGAUCGUAGUACCAUCGCAGCCCCAAGUGAAUUUGGCACGUGGGCAAGAUUAGCGCAGGUUUAUGUUGCUAUGGAGGACUGGGAGAAUGCACUGACGAUCUUGAACUCUUGCCCGAUGUUUACCUACCAAGAUAAAGACGCUCCAGUCAUGCCAGAACCAAAGGACGUCUACCUCCCUAUCUUGCCAGAGACCCGACUAGAUGAGAUCGAUAGCGAGCCGGAGUCUAGAUACUCCGAACAGGUCGACCCGAGCUUACUUAAUCUCCGUGCUGCGUCGUAUCGCGGUACCUUCAAGUUAGCUUACAAGAUUCUAACAGAAAUGACCGCUAAAAUUGGCUGGGAUCAGCUUCUCAAGAUAAGAAGUACUGUCUUUGUCAUGGAGGAUGAGUAUCGAACCGAGAAGCAGGAUAAUGUCCCACAACCUCAAGCAAGCAAUCGUAAUCCCAGUACCGAUGGAUUACGCGGAACGCCGGAGCCCACAACCAAUGGGGACCAGACAGACGAAGAAAGUGACGAAGAGAAAAGCGCAACCGAUGCCGACUCCGCAGCGCCUACGUUAACGAAUGGCCAUAGCGAGGGAGACAGCGUAGAGAAGCCAACUCAUACCAUUGACCCUGGUGAGGUUAAAGCUGAUGGCGAUACGAGUGCCACCACCGACGAGCAUCUCUCACGCUUAAAUAACAAGCGAUUAUGUGAGAGAUGGCUUGACAGUCUCUUCAUGGUUUUGUACGAGGACCUCCGUGUAUACACAAUAUGGAGGACGCAGAUGGCUCAAUACAGGGCGCAGUCAAUGCAAUACAAGAAGUCAGCCGAAGAAUGGGAAAUCCUUGGCGCCCUCGCAGAACGUCUUCAGCACCACGAGGAAGCAGUUGAGGCAUACAGAGCAUGUCUCGCCGCACGGUUCAGUCCCAAAGCAUUAUCAGGCAUUCUGCGAGCGUUCGAGAAACAAAAGAAUACUCGGGAUACAGUCGCCGCUGUCAUACGCCUAGUGACCUGGCAGUAUCGUUGGUACUCGGAAUUUUCUCCUGAACUUCUCCACACGAUACGGUCAUUAAUCGAAGAAGAGGGUGCCGUCAAGGUCCGAUCGAUUAUCCAAGCAACAAGUUUACCGCAGCACGUUUUAGAUCUAACGCACCAUUAUGCCGCGUUAUGUGCCACGUUCAGAAGCAGCGGCACAGAUGGUUGAAGAAUUCCUCACAGGAAAAGGGAUAUUCGAGGACGAAGUGAUGCCGUUAUAUGAUAUCCGUCUGUUUCUGCGUAAUCAAUGUGAGAUGAAACGAUUAAUAUAAGAUACUCAUCUUGGCCUUGCUACACAUAGAACUUCGCUGACACUGUUUUGUUCAACUGCCAAUCAACAUAGAUCCCUUAUAUAAAUCAUAGACAAGCAACUGGUCAGAAUUCCCCAUGCUCUAGACUAUAUCUACAUAUCUAAUACAUAUUAAUACAUUGAUGCGCACUC